AACGGCCCAGAUAGCAGCACCGCUCGUCUGGGCAUCACGAGAUCGGUCCAAGACCAUAAGCGAAAGCAGGAGUCUCUCUGUACGCAAAAAGCGCAGCCAUGGCCGGUGGAAGAAAAGGAGGAGGAAGAAGAAGACCCAACAACAACAACAACAACACAAACGAGGUUACUAGGAACAGCAGCAGAAGAAGAUCAUCGUCCAAAUCCUGUGGCCGAGGUGGUCUGUUUGUCGAGGGCGGUCUUUUGUCUGAUUGGUCUUUACCUCAAACCCCAAUCACAGUUGAAGGGAGGAAUCCAAGUUCUAAUAACAACAAAUCUGGGUCGAAAUCUGGAGGGAAAGCAGCUUCUGAUACUAAAAGUGGGUCUCGGAAAUCGAAUGUCAAUGCUGUAGGAUACCGGUACCCUUCUGUUGAACUUCAGGAAGGUUUUAACUCGAAGUUCCGUGUUAAGGGUGACGCUGACGAUGACAAUAUGGACGAGUCGAGCCCUAUGGUUUUAGUUGGUCUCAGUGAUACCCAAAUUUCAGCUCAUGCAGACCAGACACCAGCUUCAGAACCUCAAGAUGUGAAAUUUACUUAUCACUAUGGUUCAAGUUUUGUGUUGGGUGAAAGCUCUCAUAGAGGACUGGGGUUCUCUGAAGAACUUGAGGAAACCCCAAGUGGGGUUGAAGCUUCCUCAAAAGAAAUGGAAGAGCCAGAAGACAUGUGUUUUGGAUCGUUGUCUUCUGAGAAGGAUGCCAACGGGAAGAGUGAUUAUGAAGUUGGUGAUGGUAUGGCCGAAGAUCUGCUGACAGAGGUGAUGUCUUCUGAUGAAAAUUCAGGUUUUCUGUCAUUUGGAGGCAUUAGAUUGUACACUCAAGAUAUAUCUGAUGAAGAAAGUGAGGAAGAUGAAAAUGGGGCGUCAUUGUAUGAAGGAAACUCGGAGUCUUCUGAGCCAGGAGGCCUACUUGGAUCAUCUGAAAGUGGAGAUUCUGAAGAGAUGUCGGAUAGUGAUUUAGAUAUUGAUGACGAGGUUGCAGAAGAUUAUUUAGAGGGAAUUGGUGGGAGUGACAACAUUUUACGUUCCAAAUGGUUGGUAGGACAGCAAUUGGAUGUGUCUGAUACAGAUAGUUCUUCGAGCACUGACUUUGAUGAGACUGUUGAGAAGUUGGGCGGAAUUGCUCUUCAGGAGGUAUCUAGGGAAUAUGGUAAGAGAAAUGCCCGUUCACAAAAGAAACCCAAUGUGACUGAAAGAUAUGCUCGGCAUUUGGCUAUAGAUGACCUAAUGCUUGUAAAGGAUCCCAGAAUUCGUUCUGCAAAAAAGAAGCCUGUCACUAGGUUUCCUCAGUCUUGGCCUUCAGAGGCUCAAAGGAGCAAAUAUUCAAGAAAUAUUCCUGGUACUAAGAAAAAACAUCGUAAAGAAAUGAUCGUUGCGAAGCGUCGAGACAGAAUGCUGCUCCGAGGUGUUGACCUUGAGCAAAUAAAUUUGAAAUUAGAGCAGAUUGUCUUGGGUGGAGUGGAUAUGUUUUCUUUUCAUCCUAUGCAUUCCCGGGAUUGUUCCCAGGUGCAACGAUUAGCAGCAAUUUAUCAACUGAAGAGUUCUUGCCAAGGAUCUGGCAAAAAGAGAUUUGUAACGUUGAUGCGGACACAACAAACAAGCAUGCCAUCAGCAAUCAAUAAAAUCCGUCUUGAAAAGUUGAUUGGAGCUGGCAUGGAGGAUGAUGAUUUUUCUGUUGUUGAGCCUACUGGAGACAAAAACAGGUCAAUGAGAAUCAGAAAAGGGACUGGUUUGAAGGCACCAGAAUCUAAACAAUCCACCCAAAGAAAGACAACAAAGGUCUCAGCCAAACGUGGCAGUGGCAGAGCCUUUGAACAAAAAAGUAGUGGGAAAGUGGAUUCAUUUGCUAAUAAACCAGUAUCAUUUGUAUCAAGUGGCGUGAUGCAAUCACAGACUGAGAUCACAACUAUUGAUUCAGUUGCAUCACAGACUGAGAUCAUCACUGUUGAUUCAACAAUAGACGCAAGCUGUAAAAAUAAGGAUGCUGUUGGCUCAGCUGAUUUCCGUUCUUUUGAGGUACACACCAAGGGUUUUGGAUCAAAGAUGUUGGCUAAGAUGGGAUUUAUUGAAGGUGGUGGAUUGGGGAAAGACGGACAAGGUAGGUCGGAGCCCAUUGAAGCGGUCCAGCGUCCUAAAUCACUUGGAUUGGGUGUAGAUUUUUCCAACACCAUUGGUGUCCAAAUCGUGAAUACCCCAGCAAAGCAGAACCCUGCAAAGAACACGCCAGCAAAACAUAACUCAGCAAAGAGCACGCCCGCAAAGAACCCAGUAAGGAACAAACCUCAAACCGAGAGAGUGGGAUCUUUUGAAAGGCAUACCAAAGGAUUUGGAUCAAAGAUGAUGGCAAGGAUGGGGUUUGUUGAAGGAAUGGGAUUGGGGAAGGAUUCACAAGGCAUUGUCAACCCUCUGGCUGCAGUCAGGCUACCAAAAUCCAGGGGGAUAGGUGCUUAAGGUCAGAUGUUAGUGUUAGUGAAAUCGAAUACCCCUUGGUUAAAAUUUAAUUUAAGUAUUAUGUAGCUCAUUCUGCAUAUACCUUGUCAAUUUGUCAUCAAUGUUUAGCUUAUUACUUGACUUUCACUCCCCACAUAUCUGUACAUUAAUUUGGUGUUGUUGAAAAUAAAAACAUGUGGUACAGAGUGACCAUCUAAGGACACCAUGUGUGUCUCUGUCUUUGUUCC